AAGCUUGUUGGUUAGGGUAACGGGGGUUAACCCCUCUUGGGUACCUCCUGCGUCCUCAUCUGUUCGUUCCUUACUUUCAUUUGCGCAUACCCACAACAAAUGAGUAUUUCAGGUCUUCGCUUUGACUUUUUAGGAUUAAUCGUGGUGAAUUAAGUGACUCGUGUUCGUAAUACCCACAAUGGAGGAUUCUUCAAAGAACUGGGAAAAUCUUUACACAUUCUAUUUGCAUUUGUCACCUGUAUAUGUUUGCAGCUCCUUGUUUACAUGUUUAGCUCUUUUCUGGACUUGGUGGUCAUGUCAAAAGACCAGUUGUGAGAAUAACUCAGAUUUUCAAGAUAAGUUGUACUUUACAUCUACAGAAAAAUGUAUUGCAGCAAAUGAAGAUGACAGUGAUUAUGAGUCUGAACAAGUAGCAGGAAUAGAGGCUCUGAGUGAACCAAGUAUGAUGAAACAUUUAAAAUCAGCUCGUCAGAUGGUCAUUGAAAAAAAGCUGACAGCGGGACUCUCAAAAGAGCAAUUACAGAAAGAAAAAGAGACUCAAGCAUCUCAGCUGGAAGCAAUUUAUAAAUUAUUGAAACAAAAGGAAAAACAAUUAUUCAAUAUUAGAUCAAUGGAUGAAUUGCAAGAACAACUUAAACUUUAUAAAUCUUAAAUGUUACAAAGUUUGGAAAAUAAAAAGUUGUGUGAAACCAUGAAA